AUGAUAUUCGGCGGGAUGCGCGUUCCCACAGGAUCCGCCGAUAAAAAAAUCCUCAACACCAAGAGAUUCACACCAACUGGCCAGUGCGGGGGCGGCUGUAUCAAUCAGGGAGAAACCUACGAUACCGAUAAUGGUCAAGUAUUCGUCAAAUCCAACUUCAAGGACGGCGCGAAACAGAUGUUCGAAGGAGAAUUCGCCUCCUUAGAAGCUAUCCGCGCCACCGGUGCUGUCCGCGUACCGAAACCCUUGCACGUGGUGGUAUCAGAGACCGGCCAUGGUGCAGCCUUGGUAAUGGAGGCUCUCGACAUGGUCUCUUGGGAGAGGAACCCAUAUGACCUCGGUCGUCAACUUGCCAACCUCCAUCGACACAAUCAGAUUUUAAUCGAAAAAAAUGACCCCUCGGCGGUCCGACGCUUCGGUUUCCAUAUAACAACGUGCUGCGGAUUUUUGCCAUUGGAUAACACUUGGAAAGACGAUUGGAUAGACUUCUACGUUAAUAAUAGAAUCGAACCUCAGAUCAAGUUGUUGGAAAACAAAGGCGAAGACACAGGAAUCCGGGAGAUAUGGGCGAGAGCGAUUGAUGACUUGCCCCGUCUCUUCGAAAAUGUAUCGGUAAUUCCGUCGCUUCUCCACGGCGACCUCUGGUCCGGGAACACAGCAGAGGUGGAGGGAGAGCUUGUCAUUUUCGAUCCGGGGAGUUUUUAUGGACACUCGGAAUUCGAUUUCGGUAUAAUCAAAAUGUUCGGCGGCUUCAAUCACAGCUUUUACGAUGGAUACCGGAAAGUUAUACCAGAGGAAGAAGGAUUCGACGGGAGGUGUGAUCUCUACGAGUUAUUCCAUCAGUUGAACCAUUGGAAUCAUUUUGGAUCCGGAUAUAAGCGAUCAUCUAUAGAGUUGCUGAGAAGAUUAUCCGAUCAGGAUGUCUGAUCCGCUGAGAAUGAUCAUUGAACAAAGGAAUCGGGACACAUGUUUGUCUCAUACGUCCCGAUGCCAAUCAAUGCGCCGCCGGCUCCGUGGAGCGUGUCGCAUUUCACUUCACGGUUGCCUCAAAUCGCCUCCAUCAGGAACACAGCUUGAAGGAUUU